AGACAUAGCCGGGCUCAAGUGUGCUGUGGCCGGCCUGCUGGACAGAGGCAUGGCGGGCCUCAUAGCGCAACUGCCGGGGGGCAGCACGCGGUUCGUGGCCGUGGAUCCAGAGCUUUUCGCCUGCCCGGACGACGUUGCGAGUCGGGUCCGGGAGGUCCUGGAUGAAGCGAUCUUCGAGAGGUGCAGUUGCAGAGCCGCAGCGAGCGACGAGGAGCUCCUGUCCGCCUUCCACGCGCUGAGCUUGGAAGGGCAAGAGCAAGAGCCACAGGAGUCACAGGACUAUCGUGUGCUCUUCCAGGGCCGCGAUUUGGAGCUGCCGACUGCAGCGUCUGCCCUGGUGAAGGCCAUAGAGUCAGGGGCCCCUUGCUUCGUGCGGGUGACCUUCCGACUGUUGGGCGGCAAAGGAGGUUUCGGUUCGCUGCUGCGCUCUCAGAAGGGAGGCAAGAAGACUACGAACUUCGAUGCCAUGCGGGACUUGAAUGGGCGGAGGAUUCGACAUGUCAAAGCCGUUGAGCGCAUCAAGGAGUGGCUAGAGAAGAAGAAGAGGGACGACGAACUUGUGAACUUGUUGACAGGUGAGGGCCCCGAGCUGCCUAAGCCCACGCCUCAGUCGGAGAGCCUGGACCCAGAUUACCUCCGCAAGCUCAAGCAGUCGGCUUCCUCGCGGCCCGGCCUGGUGACCGAAGGACUGCGGCGGCUGCUGCAGGAAGAGGAGGAGGCCUCGGCGGAGGUCUCUGAGGCGAAGCGACCGCGGAUCGAGUUGGAGCAGGCAGAGGCAGCUCCCAGUGCCAAGGAUGAGGACGAGGAUGACGAUGGAGUCGAUUGGUUAGGCGCCAUGAGCGCCCUGAACGGCCUCAGCAGCCCAGAGGAGGAGGAUGAGGGCGCUGCGGCAUCCUCGUCCAAGUGAGCCGGGGCUUAGCCUCUGCGGGAAACCUAGCCGAUGCCCAAACCAAAAUGCU